ACCCAGCCGACCAGGAGACUCCGUCCAUCCCAGCACACUGCGCUGUCAGCCGGAUCGCCUCUCCACACCAGCUCCCUUCUCUCUCCUCCGCUUUCACUUAAAACCAUCUGGAUUUUUUUUUUCUUACACAAACAAGCCACGUUUUUCUUUUUUUGUUUGUUUUUUUUUGGAAAUACACCGAAGAUGUUUGGCCGCGUCUGAUUGAAUUCUUCCACCUGAGAAUAAGAAAUUAGCACGAUGCCAAAGCCAGGGACGAGACGGGAUUAAGAAGGAAGAAAGGUGUAACUACAGGCAGCACACACAGGACUGGACCACAAACAGAGGCCUCAUUUUGCUGUCAGCAUGGCUGUGAACAUGAUGCCAACUCCCGCCAUUUGGCCAGGGGAGGAACAACCGUCGCUGCUGGACCAGGAGGGCUCCCUGCCGAGCCAAGCCCCCGUCUCAGUGCCGUGUCCACCAGCCAGAGGUGAAGAGCUCAUCCACAGCAGCAGCAGCCCGGCCAGCACGAGGCCCCCCCGCAGCAAAUCCAAAGGAGAGCUAGUCAUCGUCAUCAACGAGAAGCUGAAGAACAGUAACGGGAUCCACUCGGUGUCUGCAGAGAGCACCUCCCCAGUCAUCUCCUCUCCACCCAGAAGACAGCACUCCAUCUCUUACCCCCAUCACGGCAAAACCAGGAAGGGCAGCAGGGCGGGCUCCAUCGGCUACACCGCCUUCUCACCCAGGCCGUCGCUCUCCCGCCACUCCAGCAUCGCCACCAACCCUCCGCUAGACCGGACCAAGGUCAAAGACUACCUCCUCCUGUCCGUGCUGGCCUGCUUCUGCCCCGUCUGGCCCAUCAACAUCGUUGGAUUUGUCUACUCCAUCAUGUCCAAGAACAGCCUCGAGCAGGGAAACCUGGACGGCGCCGUGCGUCUGGGUCGCGUGGCCAAGAUGCUGUCCAUGGUGUCUCUAGUAGGAGGGACGGUCAUUAUCAUCGCCUGCAUUGUCAACCUGGCCAUAAAUGUGAAAACCUGAGUUUCAUCCCAGGAUGAAACCGGAUAAGACAACUGACCGUCUGGCCCGCACCUGCACCACCAUCUUUACCGCCUAGUCAUUACCUGGAUGUGUGACAAAAUAUGCACCCGAUAUACAGCGCUUACUUAUAUUUCUGUAAUCUAUAUAAAUCCCUUUUGCUAAUGGAAGAAAAUAAAAUAUGCAAAAUGAGUCCGGGGGAAGGGGGUUGGGGUUGGGUUUGGUUUGUCCGUCUGGCGUUUGGAGAAGGGAGUCAGACUAAUCAGCCCCUUCGUAUUCUGGCCCACACAUUCAGAACGAUUCUUAAGAAAGCUCUUCGAGAAUCCCAUCACCUCCCCGCAGAACUGUUGGACUAGAAAACAGGGAGGUGGUUGACA